GACACCACUCUUCUUCUCUUCUAUUCCAUGAGCUUGGUCCCUUUCGACAUGUUUGGGCCAAACAGUUUGGCCAUUAAUUGCCAUUAAUGAGACACUCUUUUAAGUUUUCUACUAACUUUUUCUCUUUGUGUAUUUCUUUCCCAAAAAACCAUUCUUUUGAAGUUUGGGAGGGGGGAGAAGAAAACUGAAAAUGGACAGAAAUCAAGAAAUUGCAUUGGCUAAAAUGAGGAAAUCAGUUGAAAAGCCUGGAUCUUCCACUGAAAGUUAUGGAGAGAAGACAUUGAUGAGGUUCUUGAUUGCAAGAUCAAUGAACCCAGAGAAAGCUGCAAAGAUGUUUUGUCAGUGGAAAAAAUGGAGGGCUGAAAUGGUUCCAACUGGGUACAUCACUGAUUCUGAAGUUGCAGAUGAAUCAGCAGCUGAAAAAGUUUAUUUACAGGGAUUGUCCAAGAAUGGGUAUCCUGUUGCUAUAAUCAAACUUAACAAGCAUUUUGCUUCCAAGGAUCAAGUUCAAUUCAAGAAAUUCGUGGUUCAUGCACUCGACAAAACAAUUGCAAGUUCAUUCAAUGGUAGAGAAAUAGGAAAUGAGAAACUUAUUGCAAUUCUUGAUCUCCAGAAUAUUACCUAUAGCAAUGUUGAUACUCGUGGAUUGAUCACUGGUUUUCAGUUUUUACAGGCAUACUACCCUGAGCGCUUAGCUACUUGUUACCUUUUACACAUGCCACAAUUCUUUGUCACUGUAUGGCGAUUUAUAUGUCGCUUCCUUGAUAAAGCAACUCAACGGAAGAUGAGGAUUGUCAUGAGUGAAGAACAGAAGCAAGAGUUCAUCCGAGAGGUCGGUGAAGACGUCUUACCGGAGGAGUAUGGAGGGCGCGCUAAACUUGUACUUUUGCAGGAUGUUGCUGUGAACUACUAACACUAACAUAAAGUAGAGGAAUAAUAGAAAUGUGAAAUAAGAUGAAAAAGAAUAGCUCCAUAGACAUACUACUCCACUAUUUAUGUUACUAAAAAUUUUACAUCUUG